AUGAGUGGCAGAGGUAAAACCGGCGGCAAAGCGCGAGCAAAGGCUAAAACUCGUUCCUCCAGGGCGGGACUGCAGUUCCCCGUCGGCCGUGUGCACAGACUUCUCCGCAAAGGCAACUACGCUCAGUGUGUCGGUGCCGGUGCUCCCGUUUAUCUGGCCGCUGUGCUCGAGUAUCUCACCGCUGAGAUCCUGGAGUUGGCCGGAAACGCCGCUCGGGACAACAAGAAGACUCGUAUCAUUCCCCGUCACCUGCAGCUGGCAGUGCGGAACGACGAGGAGUUGAACAAACUCUUGGGUGGAGUGACCAUCGCUCAGGGUGGGGUGUUGCCCAACAUCCAGGCUGUGCUGCUGCCCAAGAAGACCGAGAAACCCUCCAAGACCAAGUAAACCAACCCCAGUCUG